AUGAAGAAUUUCUUGGGAAUCUUUAGCAUUCUGGCUAUCGCCAGCCCCUCGUUCUGCCAAAGAGUUUGCACCGCAGACGAUGUCAGGGUCUCACUUCUCACGGUCGAAUAUCUUGCAGGUCAAAUGCAGUCAUUAGUAGAUAUUGAUCACAGUGACAUCGACCCCUCUGGUCGUAUCUAUAGAAACUUCAUGGUCCAAACCAAUCAUUUGAUCCAGGAUUUGCAGUGCAACAUUAUCGCAAGCCCAGAUGAGCAACUCGCCAUUUGCUCCGCUUAUGAAGGCUUCGCUGCCAAAGAGCUAGCUUACCUCCAUGUGUCUGAGGAACCCGAGUUCUAUCAGAGGAACAACAAUGGACCCAAUGGUGUCAAGGUGCACGGGUACAUUUUGCAAGCAGAAACUGCUUUGGAGAACUACACAUCCCAAAUCAGAAAUGCGGUUCCUUCGUGCACUGAUCGCAUCGACGCAGCUUAUCAGCCUCUGGGUGUGCAGCUUGCUCAUCUGCUGCAGUCUUACCCUGGAACAGCUUAG